CAACGAUCAUUUUUUUCCUUUCGUUGUUAAUAUGAUUAUAAUAUAGGGUAAUUUUUUAAAACGUACAUAGGUCUCUAGUUGCGCAGGUGCGUAUAAUCGCGAAAAUGUACGAAAACUGUUCGGUGAAAGUAGUAGGGAGAAAGAUACGCGUGUAGGUUGUAUAUAAGCGAUAAGCGCGAUUGGCUGGUGGGCGGGCAGGUGGCGCUGUGGCGGGGGUUACGGGUCCGUACGAGGAGGACCAAGCCAGUCGGUCCCGCGCCACGAGCGUGUAAACAUCUUGUAUGUGUUUUCUCGUGUGACAUACGUCAAUAUAAUCUUUUAACGUAUCAUUAACCGCACGAUUAUUAUUAUUAUUAUAUUAUUAUUACUAUAAUUAUUAAUAUUCUUAUUAUUAUUAUUAUUAUUAUUGUUAUUAUUAUUAUCAUUAUUAUUAUUUCUACGAUCAUAUCGAUAUUUCGGAAUAUUUCUAAACGAUAACUUAUCUUUUCCUACGUUUCAAUCGGCUUUGGAUACCAACAAAUUUGUCGUCUUAAAACGUUUUGACAUUUUAUUUUUUCCCUUUCUUUCGAGCCAAAUACCUAAGGAUUUAUUCGAUUAGAACGGAUUUGCGUAUAUCAGUGUGUGAUAAAAGCAGAAAGUAAAGACAGACUGAGAUAGAACGAGAGAUUGGGAAAGACUGACAGACAGAGAGAGAGAGAGAGAGAGAAAGACAGAGAGAGAAAUAGAGGAAGAGACGAGCCAUGACAAUGCCGGAAACGUAAGGACACACCGGUUGGAGGAAGCGCGCGCUAUGGCGCAGAAAUGGUGAUGAAUCUCAAAGGCGAUCACCGUUCGGGCGUUCGUCCCAAGGUACAUCGAGGACAAGAUUACUAAGGAUGGCCUUUCACUGGGAUAAACUCUCGCCCGCGGAAUUUCAACAGCUCCAGGAUUUGGCAGCUUAUUCAACAAGAAAGCUACAAGAUGUUCUUACAGAAUUUUGUGGCAGCAACACGACGGCAAGCGGUGUACCAAAAUAUCAUCCCGAUGGGGACAUCGAUUACGAAGGUUUUAGAAAAUUUCUGGAUACCUAUCUCGAAGUCGCGACACCCGAUGAACUCUCGCGUCACCUUUUUCUCUCGUUCAUUAAAAAGGAUUCCCGUGGUGUCGAUGGCAAGGCCUUUAAGGAAAUGGCUGUGCUCUCGUCGACGACUGCAUGCGCGGCGAUUACUUCUCACACAACCUCGAGCAGUAACGUGAACAGCACUGGAUUAUCGGGUGGAGGAGCAUGCACUGAUAGCCACGUUGGUAGUUCCUCGUUGGUCGACAAAAUUCAUGGACUUACGGAAAAGCUGCAAGCUCUGGGACACCACAGAACCGAGAGCGAAGCCUCGUCGAGAACGAGAACCGGAAGCGUACAUCCAAUGCUGACGGUAACGCGAACGUCCUACAGUUGUCACGACGUUCUCGAGAAGAAAAGCACCGAUAGCAGCCCAAGUCACAGUCAAAUGUCGCGAAAUUCGUCGAGGAAGUCGAACAAUUCGCUUCUCGUCAACAACGGGAAAUUGGAAGAGAUGAGACAUCUUGUUAGAAAGCAAAGUACAAUAGACGUCCACUCGGUUAAGGUCAGCUUGAAGGAUAUCGUCUGUUAUCUUUCUCUAUUGGAAGCAGGUAGACCAGAAGAUAAAUUAGAGUUCAUGUUCCGGCUCUACGAUACUGAUGGGAAUGGCGUCCUUGACACGAACAUUAAAAUCGAGGAAAGAAGAAUUGAAAUGGACUGCAUCGUGAAUCAAAUGAUGAACGUAGCCGAAUAUCUCGGUUGGGACGUCACCGAAUUAAAACCGAUAUUACAAGACAUGAUGAUAGAGAUCGAUUACGAUGCGGAUGGUACGGUGUCCUUGGAGGAAUGGAAGAGGGGCGGAUUAACGACCAUUCCAUUGUUAGUUCUCCUUGGUCUCGAUUCUCACGUGAAGGAGGAUGGAAAUCAUUUGUGGAGAUUGAAGCACUUCAGCAAACCCGCUUAUUGCAAUCUAUGCUUGAACAUGUUAGUUGGACUUGGAAAAAAGGGACUCUGUUGUGUCUUCUGCAAGUAUACUGUUCACGAAAGGUGCGUUCAAAGAGCACCGGCUUCAUGUAUUGCGACCUAUGUGAAAAGUAAAAAGACAUCGCAAACUAUGCUCCAUCACUGGGUCGAGGGCAAUUGUCACGGAAAGUGCUCCAAGUGCAGAAAAACCAUUAAAAGUUACAACGGAAUCACGGGACUCCAUUGCCGUUGGUGUCAGCUGACCCUGCACAACAGAUGCGUGUCCCAAGUGAAAGCCGAAUGCACUCUCGGCGAAUACGCUGUACACAUUUUACCACCUACGGCGAUAUGUCCGGUGGUAUUGGACAGACAGAGAUCUUUGUCGAGGGAUAGCAAAAGGGGUAGUAAACAUGGGCAGGAUACUUCAUCCGUCAGUUCCGGUGGUUUCUUAAGCUGCGGUGUUAGUACGUCGAAUCAACAACCAGCAAUGUCCUUCCAAAU